GAUUUGAAUCUUAGAGGCCGGGCCUAUGCACAGCUGGCGGUUGUGAGGAGCCAAUCAAAAACUUGCUUCAGUCAAUCUGAUGGCACUCGUUUAUUUGGUGAGGCGAAUGUUAAAAGCCUGAUUGAGAAAGCUCAGAAGUAUGGCUCAAAUGAUGCGUGGACACUGACUGAAUGUGGCCGGAUUAUCCGGUACACAGAUUUGAACUUUGGUACUUUGCUCCUUGAAAGAUCAUUGUCCAUUAAAAAGCAUUCAGCUACUUUGCACCAUUUAGGCAUGUGCUAUGAAGAAAAUGCUAAAAGGACAGCUAAAAGGGAAGCUAAAAUGUGGAAUCGAAACUACGGAGCAUCUCAGCAAACCUGUAGACGUCAACCUGAGAGAUUUCAAGCUGAGAUUCCCGAGUCGUCCGCCAUGAGAUAUCCUGUUAGUAAAUUUCCUCUCAAAAGUGACGAUCCUUAUGUAGUUAUAGCCAUUGAUUACUACACGCAAGCCAUAGAUAUUUCAUAUGACUGCAACAAUCCGGCUCGAUUCAGUCUUGGGAUUUUAUUGAAGAAAUGUGGAGAUCUUGAAGAAGCCCUCAAGCAAUUUAACCGAAUCAUUCACCUGACGUCAAAAAAUGACGGAGCAAUCAGCAAACGAAGCGGUGAAUGUUCAGAGUACCUUCACACAGUGACCGCUGCAUACGAGCAGGCUGGACUUUGUCUUCUUGAGCUUGCA